GCUCGACAAGGCCGACGCUUCUCCGUCAUUCUUCUAACUAACAAUCCUCCAUCAAUCCCUCUCUCCAUUUCUUCCUCCUUCUUUUCUGUCUUUCCUCCACAUUCUGAUCCUGAUUCUCGAAAAUCUCACUAAUCGUUUACUCGAAUCUACGACUCGGGCCGUUCCUCCUUUGUUCCGUCCAACCGUUCCUCCAUCCUCCGGUCGCUCCACCUGCUUUUAAAGUAUGCUGGUGUACCGCGCUGAGCCGCCGCCCUCAUGUCCACCGACAUGUCCUCUCCGUCCAUGAGAGGGAAGUCGUUCGCCAGGCGCACCAAGCAGAGCUCUAGGACAUGCUAUCGGGAGCAGAGGAGUGUCAUAACCAUGUCGUCUCCAGAGGUGUGCUGGCCUGUGCCGAUGCGAGCCAUCGGGGCUCAGAACCUCCUCACCAUGCCCGGAGGAGUUUCCAAGCCCGGGUACCUCCACAAGAAGGGAGGCAGCCAGUUCAGCCUCAUGAAAUGGCCUCUGAGAUACAUCAUCAUCCACAAGGGCUGUGUGUACUACUUUAAGACCAGUACUUCUCCAGCCCCACAGGGGGCGUUCUCUCUCAAUGGCUACAACAGAGUGAUGAGAGCAGCCGAGGAGACGACGUCCAACAACGUUUUUCCUUUUAAAAUCGUCCACUUCAGCAAGAAACACAGGACCUGGUUCUUUUCUGCCGCCAGCGAGGACGAGCGGAGGAAAUGGAUGCGACAGCUGCGGAAGGAGAUCGAUCACUACAACGAACGGAAAGAGUCUCUGUUUCCCAGCGACUCGGACUCCGACGCUGACAGUUUCUACGGCACCAUCGAGCGGCCGAUGGACAUCAAGCACCACGACAGCAACGCAGACGACGAUUACGUUGAGGAGGACGAUGAUGACGAUGAGGAAGAUUACCUGCAGCCCGACGCCGACUAUUCGCCGCCACCUACAGGUCGCCCGACGGGCCCCCCCCCCACCUACCCUCCCCCUCCGGUGCCGGCAUCGUUCCAGUUCCGUCCCGACUCUGGUCUCAGUUUCCACAAAGGCCCGCCUCCUCCCGUCCCGCCGCAGCACAGGAACCCGACCGCCCCUCUCCCCAAAAGACCGCCGCCCACUUUCCCGCCUCCCUUCAUACUGAAGGAGUCCAGCAGAGGCCCGCCUCCUCCCCCGAUGCCCUUCACGUCCCACCUCAAGCCCUUUCCUCACGACUCUCCUCCUCAUCCUCCUCCUCCUCCUCCUCCUCUGAACAAGCCAAAGAGAACUCCUCCUCCUCUGAAGCCGCCUCCCACAGGUGAGCCGGGGAUCCUCAGCAGAGACUGGCGGCCUCUGUCGACCCUUUCCAACCAGCUGGUCUCCACUCUGCCCAUCUGCGAGCAACUAGAGAAAAGGUUGCUUCCCAAUGGCCCCGCCCACUGCUCCCCGAACGUGUUAGGGAGCCAGUCGCUAGGCAACAAACACCCACGCCACAAGCCCACCCUGCUGACCCACCAGCCCGCCACCAGACCUGUGACAUCAGAAUCCCUGCAGACGCCGCCCUGUCACCCACUUCUCCCCGGCCCCCCUCCUCUCUCUCCUCUGCACAAACCUGGACUUCCCAACAAGCCGGUGGUGCCCAAACCUCCCCCCCCGGCCGUCAGACCCCCGACGCCGGCCGCCAAGUCCAAGCCCCCGGGAACCUCUCUUCAAAGAUCGUCUCCCGAGGGACAGAGCUUCCGCUCGUCAGGAGACGAGACGCCGUCCGAGUUCAGGUGGAAACAGGAUCCGAGGAAAGGAGACGACGACUCGGACGACGACUACGAGAACGUGCAGCUGCCGGACUCCGUGUUCAUCGACACGACCGAAACCUGCUUCGUAGAACAGAUGUUCAGAGAGGGUCCCGACCCCCCCGAGGACGGACUGUACGGCAUCAGAAACUCUGGAACCAAAACCUCCAAGGUGCUGGUGGUGUGGGACGGCAGUUUAGGCAAAGCCAGAAACUACAGACUCUUUGCAGACGAGGAAAUCUUGUUCCUGGACACCGAAGUGACCUUCCCCUCUCUGUCGACUCUGAUCGAACACUACCACACACAUCCUCUUCCUCACCACAGCUCGCUCUGCCUGCAGAAGCCUUUCACCCGACCCCUGGGAUCCAAGCAGCCGGCAGAGCCCGUGCCUCUGUCUCGGCUCACGUUCACUCACGCUGCAUCGUGAAUUCACACGAUAACAAACAAACAAGUGGAAACGGGUGAAACGAUUAACUCACAACGACUGAAACCAGAGUCUCUCCUGCCGAAGAUCCACAACUCAUGGAAAUAACAGAUUGGAAAUAAGUGGCACAGAUGGUUAAACUGAACUGACCUUCCACUUACACCAGAGCCCAAAGCUUCAUGUUCCUGCUGCUGUUUGCAAACAGGAAAGUGUAAAAUCAUAAAGUGAUGAAGUCCAAUCCAAGAGAGUCAGAUGGAAGUGGAGUGUUUUGUCCACAGGGGGCGCUGUAAUACAAAACGACACAGUUGUUUCCUAUGAGUCACAUCUUUGGACCAUGGAAGCAGGAUCAACUUUACUCUAAAACUUUGAAUGAACUAUGAUCUGAAUAAUUGACGGAAUCCUGCAUCUUUCUCAUCCAGUUGCAGAUUUUAUGUCCUCAGAGUCCGAUCGGCAUUUUCCACUUAGACUGUAGUUUUUUUUAUAAUGUAAAAAUAGACAUUUUGAAAGUAUAACUCAGUAUUACUCAACAUUACUGGUGCCACAUGUUUGAAAGCAGCUGUUCUAGUUUGUGCAGCACUGACUUUAAUACUGUAAAUGAUUAUAUAUGUACAUGCUGUAUCUACUGUAAAAUAAAUGUGUCUAUCAAAAUGUAAAUAUAACGUUUUUUUACAAACGUGUAAUAUGUUGAGAAUUUAUAAAGGAUUGUUUAGAA